CUGGUACACGCAACCUGGUUUUUGAGUUAAAGUUAAACGCCAUCAUGCCUAUCAAAUCUUUAGACUUUCGGCUGUAUUGCAGCGACAAUGCGCAGGAGCGGCAGCGAUUCAGCGAGGACUUAUGUGAGACGCUUUCAGUGUAUGGGUUCGCCAAGAUUCGGAACUCGUCCCUUUCCCGGCAGAUGAUUGACCGAUUAUUUGAGUUUAAUAAACGCUUUUUCGACCUGCCGAACUCAAGUAAAGCCAAAGCGGCACAUCCAGAAGCCCCGAAUCCUCAUCGCGGAUGGAGCGCAGUAGGGAAAGAGACUCUCAAGGGUACGAGGGACGAUGAGCAAGGGAAGAAGCUGAACGAUGGCUACCAGGAGUAUCGGGAAUCCUUCGACCAAGGCGCCGCCAGCGACACCCUCUUCCCCAACCGCUGGCCGGAUGAGACAGAUCUCCCGGGCUUUCGCGCGUUCAUGGAGGAUAUCUACGACCGCUUCCACGAGCUGCACACCCACCUUCUGCGCGCCAUCACAGCCGGGCUCGGCUUAUCGAUCGAUGAUCACUAUCUCCUCAGCAAGCACCAGUGCAACACCAGCGAGCUGCGCCUGCUGCACUACCCGGCCAUCCCGCGCCGCACGAUGCGCGCCGGCGGCGGCAUGCGCAUCGGCGAGCACUCCGAUUUCGGCACCCUAACGUUGCUCCUCCAGGAUUCCGUGGGCGGCCUGCAGGUUGAGGAUCAGCGUCAUGGCCCGCUCGGAAAGUUCAUACCGAUCGGGUCCGAGAAUGUCUACGAGGUGAUCGUCAAUGUCGGGGACUGUCUGCAGCGAUGGACGAACAGAGCGCUGCGAUCAGCGAACCACCGCGUCACCUUGCCAGAGGCAAAGGGUGCAGCUGAGGAGGACGAUGAGAAUGCGAUGCUACCCCGGCGGUACUCGGUGGCGUACUUCGGGAAACCCGAUCGCCAUGUGUUGGUGGAUACGCUGCCUGAGUUUGUGCGCCCCGGGGCCAUCCCGGAGUACACGGAUGGCUUGACGACGUUGCAGUAUAACCAGCUUAAGCUCGCGCGCACCUAUGGAUGAGCUAUCAGGCGUAAUCGCAUGAUUGUCUGUGCUGUCUGCUCUGAGCGGUGUUUGUUGUUAGAUGUAUUUACUGGCUUGAUGAGACCAAUAACAUGCUCCAGAGGUUAAGGCGAGAGCAUGAUGCGGUGGUCACUCUAUGAUGGGUAGAGAAUUGUCUGAAAUGAUAAGAUCUAGAGGGAGUAAUGAGAGUUGAUGGUAAAAAUAGGCAUAUCUUAUAGGUAUACAUCAAUCUAUGGGAACAUAUCAGUGCAACGGAG